CAAAAUGAGAAAUACAAGUAACCUCAUGCCGCGUGUUUACAUUCUAUAGCGCAGUGCAUUUAUAUUUAUGUGAAAUAAUCAAGUUAUCAAAUAUUGUCUUUAUUACAGUUAGUGCAGAACAAUCAGGUACAAGGCAUCCGGAAAUGGCAAGCACGGAAGUUGAUGUGCCUCAGACUUUGCAAGUUCGCCUAGUCUCGGAUUCCGGUGAGGAGGCUGGGCCACCUCUGGACUUGCCAACGGGCACUACAGUUGCGCAACUGGGAUUGAUUUGCAAUGCCCUGCUCAAGAAUGAAGAGGCCACACCGUUUCUGUUCUUCGUGAAUGAGGAGGAGAUCAAGGAGAGCCUGGAGGGCACGCUGAACCUCAGGAAAAUAGACACUGAAGCUGUUGUGGACAUUGUCUAUCAACCUCAAUCGGUUUUCCGAGUACGUCCCGUAACGAGAUGCACCAGCUCGAUGCCAGGACAUGCAGAAGCUGUGGUUUCGCUGAGCUUCAGUCCAGAUGGGCAACACUUGGCGAGUGGAUCUGGUGAUAAGACUCUUCGGCUGUGGGAUCUCAACACAGAGACCCCGCACUACACAUGCAGCGGCCACACUCAGCCUGUUCUUUGCAUCGCAUGGGCUCCGGAUAGCUCUAAAAUAGCCAGCUCCUGCCAAGCGGGAAUCAUUCGGAUAUGGUCGCCAGAGACAGGGAAGCAGCUUGGACGUCCAUUGACGGGUCAUAAGAAGUACAUCAAGUGCCUGAGCUGGGAACCUUAUCACGACAAUCCCGAGUGCCGACGAAUCGCUAGCGCUGGAGCGGACAAUGAUGUGAAGAUUUGGGAUGUGACUCUCGGGCAGUGUUUAAUGACCAUUGCAGGUCACACGAAAGCCGUGACAAAUGUUCGCUGGGGAGGAAUUGGAUUGAUCUACACAGCUUCCCAAGAUAGAACGAUAAAAGUGUGGCGUGCAAGCACAGGAAGUCUGUGCAGAACACUCACAGGUCAUGGACAUUGGGUGAAUUGCUUAGCUCUGAACACAGACUAUGUACUGAGAACUGGACCCUUUCAUCCUGUCACUGAUAAGGGGAAGAUCGCCUCUGGAUCACAGUUGAGAGAAGUGGCUUUAGCCAGAUUUAAAGCUGUUUGUGCAGAUGAUGUUGAGUCUUUUGUGUCCUGCUCAGACGAUAGAACACUCUAUCUUUGGCAAUCAAACAGGACAAAAUGCAUCACGAGGAUGACUGGUCAUCAAAAUGUGGUCAACGAAGUGAAAUAUUCACCGGAUUGCAAAAUUAUCGCUUCAGCAUCCUUUGAUAAAUCUGUGCGCUUGUGGCGAGCACAUGAUGGGGCUUUUAUUUGUGCUCUCAGAGGACAUGUUCAGGCAGUCUACCAAGUCGCGUGGUCAGCGGAUUCAAGACUACUCGUCAGCGGCAGCAAGGAUUCCACAAUAAAGGUAUGGAGCGUCCAAACCAAAAAGCUCGCACAAGAUCUUCCUGGUCAUGCAGAUGAAGUGUUCGCUGUGGAUUGGGCGCCUGAUGGUUCUCGUGUGGCGUCCGGAGGGAAAGACAAAGUUAUCAAAAUGUGGGCUUAUUAAAUAAAUUCCCUAGCACUUUAAAGUGUUAUGAAAUCUAAGAAAUCACUUUUGAGUGAGUUUGAUCGAUUCUGCAGAUCUACAAGCUUCU